CGAGCUCCUCCCUCUCUCGCUCCUCCCUUUCUGGGCUGCACAGCUCACGCCUUCCUGUUAGUCCAAGCUGGGAGAAGUUCACUCCGAUCAGCUGAUCCCAACUGACAACAGGAGAGGAGGAAGCCCGGGAGGCAACGAAGGAGGAGGGUGGCGGAGAUGGAGAUGAGGAUGGAUCUGCCGGUGUCCUGAGGAACAGCCUCUGUCCCCACUAGCGCCCUGCGGCCCCCGGACGCCGCCUUGCUGCGGCCGAGCUGCUCCGUGGUGCACUUCCGUUUUUUGGAUGAUUGAAAUCCUUUUCCUUCCCCUAUUCUAGGUAUCCCCUGAAAUACUGACUUCAGGUCGAAUUAUAUUGAAAAGCUCCUGACCACUUUCUUUCGUUACCAAAACUUUGUAGCUGAUAUCCAACUGGUGAACCCACCACCCUGAACCCAUCAGACCUCUCUCAGCCAUAAAAGACCCUUCCAAGUCAAUUUUGACCACAUCUUUGCUUACACUUUAUGGAGGAUGAAACCAUUAAACCAAAUCAACGUUGCUGCUAAUACAAGAGUCUUGGAGGCAGCAAAUUAAAAAUUUGAACAUUUGUUUGUCCAGAGCUAUAACAGGAGGACAUGAAAGGUGUUCUUUUUUAAAGUGUUCAGAACCCUGGGGAGGUUUCGUGCAGUCUUCAGACUCAAAUCUUUGUCUUCACUCCUGGGGCAAGCUCAGUGACUUGUUAUAUGGUGGGUGUGUUUCCUUACCAGUGUGAGUAUGAGUGCCCAGACAUCCCCAGCAGAGAAGGGCCUGAAUCCGGGGCUGAUGUGCCAGGAAAGUUACGCCUGCAGCGGGACUGAUGAAGCUAUCUUUGAGUGUGAUGAGUGCUGCAGUCUGCAGUGUCUCCGCUGCGAGGAGGAGCUCCAUCGGCAGGAGCGCCUGAGAAACCAUGAGCGGAUAAGACUCAAACCUGGCCAUGUCCCUUACUGUGACCUCUGCAAGGGUCUCAGUGGGCAUUUACCAGGUGUUAGGCAGAGGGCAAUCGUGAGGUGCCAGACCUGCAAAAUCAACUUGUGCCUGGAGUGCCAGAAGAGGACUCAUUCUGGGGGUAACAAAAGGAGACACCCUGUUACUGUGUACAAUGUCAGUAAUCUCCAGGGGUCACUGGAGGCAGAAGAGAUGGAUGAGGAGACCAAGAGGAAGAAGAUGACUGAGAAGGUUGUGAGUUUCCUCCUAGUAGACGAAAAUGAAGAAGUUCAGGUAACAAAUGAAGAGGACUUCAUUAGAAAAUUGGACUGCAAACCUGAUCAGCAUCUGAAAGUGGUUUCCAUUUUUGGAAAUACUGGCGAUGGAAAGUCUCAUACUCUCAACCACACUUUCUUUUAUGGUCGUGAAGUCUUCAAGACCUCCCCUACCCAGGAGUCCUGCACUGUGGGAGUGUGGGCAGCCUAUGACCCAGUUCACAAAGUAGCAGUGAUCGAUACGGAAGGGCUCCUAGGGGCCACCGUGAAUCUAAGCCAGAGAACACGGCUGCUGCUUAAGGUCCUGGCCAUCUCAGACCUUGUCAUCUAUCGAACUCAUGCAGACCGGCUGCAUAACGACCUCUUCAAAUUCCUUGGGGAUGCCUCAGAAGCUUAUCUGAAGCACUUCACCAAGGAGCUCAAGGCCACCACUGCUCGCUGUGGCCUGGAUGUCCCUUUAUCCACCCUGGGCCCUGCAGUUAUCAUCUUUCAUGAGACUGUGCACACCCAACUACUGGGCUCUGAUCACCCCUCAGAGGUGCCAGAGAAGCUCAUCCAGGACCGGUUCCGGAAGCUGGGCCGCUUCCCUGAAGCCUUUAGUUCCAUUCACUACAAGGGAACCAGGACUUACAACCCUCCCACGGACUUUUCUGGGCUUCGGCGUGCUUUGGAGCAGCUACUAGAAAAUAACACCACCCGUUCUCCCCGGCACCCGGGAGUCAUCUUCAAAGCCCUGAAGGCACUGAGCGACCGCUUCAGCGGUGAGAUCCCUGAUGACCAGAUGGCACACAGCUCCUUUUUUCCAGAUGAGUACUUCACCUGCUCCUCCUUGUGCCUCAGCUGUGGGGUUGGAUGUAAGAACAGUAUGAAUCAUGGGAAGGAAGGAGUGCCUCAUGAAGCCAAGAGCCGCUGCAGAUACUCCCACCAGUAUGACAACCGAGUGUAUACUUGCAAGGCCUGCUAUGAGAGAGGCGAGGAAGUCAGCGUAGUGCCCAAAACAUCUGCUUCCACUGACUCCCCCUGGAUGGGUCUCGCAAAAUAUGCCUGGUCUGGGUAUGUGAUUGAAUGUCCUAACUGUGGCGUGGUCUAUCGUAGUCGGCAGUACUGGUUUGGAAACCAAGAUCCUGUGGAUACGGUGGUGCGGACAGAGAUUGUGCACGUGUGGCCUGGAACUGAUGGGUUUCUGAAGGACAACAACAAUGCCGCCCAGCGCCUGUUGGACGGGAUGAACUUCAUGGCUCAGUCAGUGUCUGAGCUUAGCCUUGGACCCACCAAGGCUGUGACUUCCUGGCUGACAGACCAGAUCGCCCCUGCCUACUGGAGGCCCAACUCCCAGAUUCUGAGCUGCAACAAGUGUGCGACGUCCUUUAAAGAUAACGACACUAAGCAUCACUGCCGAGCCUGUGGGGAGGGCUUCUGUGACAGCUGCUCAUCAAAGACCCGGCCAGUGCCUGAGCGGGGCUGGGGCCCUGCGCCGGUGCGGGUGUGUGACAACUGCUACGAAGCCAGGAAUGUCCAGUUAGCUAUUACCGAGGCACAGGUGGACGAUGAAGGUGGAACACUCAUUGCUCGGAAGGUGGGCGAAGCCGUGCAGAACACUCUGGGAGCUGUGGUGACAGCCAUUGACAUACCACUAGGUCUGGUCAAGGAUGCGGCCAGGCCUGCGUACUGGGUGCCUGACCACGAAAUCCUGCACUGCCACAACUGUCGGAAGGAGUUCAGCAUCAAGCUCUCCAAGCACCACUGCCGGGCCUGCGGACAGGGCUUCUGUGACGAGUGCUCCCAUGACCGCCGGGCUGUCCCUUCUCGUGGCUGGGACCAUCCCGUCCGAGUCUGCUUCAACUGCAAUAAAAAGCCCGGUGACCUUUAACCCCAGCCCCCUCUCCGAGUCCUUCACAAUUCCUUAGGUUCUCAGGGUUAGAAACAGUCUCGCGAGGUAGGCCCUCCUCCCGGUCACCUGCUGUGGUGUGUGUCCUCUCCUCUCCGCAUCCCAGGGCCACUUUCCCUUAGUGGAGGUGAGCCUGGCGGCAGGCCCGAAGGCAUGAACCCCUCAGGGCAGGGGACUGAGCAACUCAACACAAAGGGGAAUGAACGUGAAUCUGUUGCAUUUAUUUCAGUUAAAAAUAAUGAAUAUAUAUGUGUAUAUAUCUCUCUCAUAUAUACAUAUGAAAGGCACUUGGGGCAUAUCGAGGCUGCUGCUGGCUGCGAAGACUUCACACAGUGGCCCCCGCACAGGGUGAGGUGGCAGUGGCAGCACGUCUUCCUUGCGAGCCGAGCCAGGUCCACGGCCACCGCGUGCCUGGCCCCUCCCUCUGCUGCUGUGGGAGCCUUGGAAGCCUCUCCUGUCCUUGGCUCUUCCCUCCAUGCCUGUCAGCUGCCUGGGGAGUGAGCCUCCCAGGUCCUUCCUGCCUGAAACGGCCUGAAGGGAAUUCUCCCUGGGUCUCCUGGGAGUCGAAUCCCAGUUCUUGGCUUAAGCAUGUUUUAGUCAGAGACCACCCAACUUAGUGUGCAGGUCACCAGAGUGGGUGGAGGGUCAGAGGUCGGGUCUUCAGCCCUGAGAAGUGGAAAUGCAGGGGCUGUGCUGUCACUGGUCCCCCAGGGGAUGGCAAGGAAGGAACUGAGCCUUCCCCAGCAGGGCUUCCUGCCCCGACGCUUCUUUCUCCACUCGGCUUUUCCCAAAAGGCGGCGCCCAGCUCCUCAAUCGAAGCACCCGCCUCCCACCCCUCCGUCCCCUCGAGCCCACCGUCUGCUUCUGAGUGUCGCACUAGGAUUUUCAUUGCUUAUUUUAAAGUGUCUUAAUCCUUUGUUCCCCGACACAUAACCCCUCUAGCUCUCGGAGGGGCGACCAUGAGAAACCUUCCAGGGAAGCAGAGCACAGGAUGGACUGUUGUUUUUAAAAGUCUAUAUAUAAUUUCAACAGAUCAUAAAGAAAAAAUUUAUCUCUUUGGUCCUUGCAAGAGAAGUCAAAGGAACUUUUGUUUCUCCUCAAGAGCCUGGACAUCUGUCUGUCGUGACUGGAAAGAGCCCGUUGUGCUGAAAUCUGUCAUCAUGGUGGGUUUGAUCUUCAGUGGCCAAACAUGAAGAAUUAAAGUGUAAUUCUUGACUGAACUGGCGGAUGGGUUGAGCUUUAGGGAAGUAUAUGGCAGUCAUUCCUGGCGUGCGUAUCGGUGUGACAUGAGCCCUGGAGUGUGUCGUCCCUCUCAGCCCUGCUCCUCCUGCCUCCUGGGGCCCAGUGACUGGGGCCCUACUCUAGAACUGUGUACCAUCCAAUUCGCCAUCAUAAAGGAAUCUUCCUGCAUCUCGA